AUGGAAUUUGACGAACACGAAGAAGAUCAGGAGGAGGAGGAGGAAGAAGAAAUGGGAUUUCCGGUUACGCCGGUUGCAGGUUACGACUCGCUUGGAAACUCCGGCGUACGGUCCAAAAUGAGCGGCGGAAUUAUGGAAACCGAUGGAGCAGCAGUCAUUCCUACUGGCGGUGGUGUUAAAAGUGGGGCCAAGGGGACGGUGAGAUACAGAGAAUGUCAAAAGAAUCACGCAGUGAGUAUCGGCGGUCACGCUGUUGACGGUUGUUGCGAGUUUUUAGCUGCAGGUGAAGAAGGAACACUGGAAGCCGUAAUUUGCGCUGCUUGUAACUGUCACCGUAACUUCCACCGCAAAGAGAUCGACGGCGAGGUCAUUUCCCAUAAUCAUCCACCGCGGUCUCACUCUCAGACUCAGUACCACCACCAUCAGUUAUCCCCCUACUACCACCGUGCAGCGCUACCUCCUCCACCAGGAUACCACCAAUUAUUAACUCCACCGCCGGUUUCACAUCACCGUCCGUUAGCUCUUCCACCUGUCGCAUCCAGUGGAGGCUUCAGUAGAGAAGACGACGACGUGUCAAUUCCGAGCAGCAGUGGCGGCGGGAGUGGAACGAAGAAAAGGUUUAGGACGAAGUUCACACAGGAGCAGAAAGAUAAGAUGCUUGCAUUUGCAGAGGGAAUUGGGUGGAGAAUCCAGAAAGAAGAUGAAGGUGCAAUUGAACAAUUCUGUGCUGAGAAUUACAUCAAGAGAAAUGUGCUUAAGGUUUGGAUGCACAAUAACAAGCACACUCUUGGUAAGAAACCCUAA